CAAGACUCGGCCAAACCCCAACGCCUUCCACAAUGCGCAUUACCGACCCCCUACUGGUCAUUGCCAUUGCUCUUAUCGCCAGCUGCGACAGGACCACUGCUGUUUCCAAGGCGGCCACUACUCAAAACGGAUUCUACGCCGAGCUCUACAAUGUUGAAGACGGCGUUGUCACGAACAAGAUGCGUGUUCCACUUGGUGAUGUCAAAGACUACAAGAAGACUGACCUCAAGGCGUUCAAGGAAGCAUUUAACCAGGAGGAACGAGCCGCAGUCAUGCUACCCAAAGGAAUCACUUCUCUCUUCAAAGGCAUUAAACGCUUUGCGGGCUUCUUUAAACGGGGCAAGCGUCGUCUGCGCCUUGCGGAAGCAUAAGGUGUGGAUCAAACGCCACGUUUAACCUUUGCAGGACUCACGGGAAAGGCUCGAUUAAUAUAAGAAAAGGAUUUCUU